CUGAUGUAUAAAAAAGUUGUAUAAAAAUAUCUGACAUCGGCUUGACUGUGUUUGUGGUAACCACAAAACUUUUUUUUCUUCAGAAGUGAGAAGCGAUGAAUUGGGCGAACUGCCAGCAGGUUGGGAACGACGUGUGCAUACAGACGGGCGUGUGUUCUACAUUGAUCACAAUAACCGGCGAACGCAAUGGGAAGAUCCGAGAUUCGAAACAAGCAUUGCAGGCCCAGCUGUGCCAUAUUCACGUGAUUACAAGUGUAAAUACGAAUAUCUCAGGUCACAUUUACCGAAACCGCCACCAAACGUAAAAUGUGAAUUAACUGUUCGACGAAAUCAGCUGUUCGAGGAUUCAUACAGGCAAAUAAUGCUGCUAUCGCCGAGUCAUUUGCGUGCAAAACUUUGGAUUGAUUUCGAAAAUGAGACGGGUUUAGAUUAUGGAGGCAUUGCACGUGAAUGGUUUUAUCUGCUUUCGCAUGACAUAUUUAAUCCGUAUUAUGGCCUUUUCGAAUAUUCCGCAACAGAUAACUAUACACUACAAAUUAACCCACAUUCGGGAACAUGUAAUCCGGAUCAUUUAUCAUAUUUUCAUUUUAUUGGUCGCGUAAUUGGUAUUGCCAUAUAUCAUGGAAAAUUACUUGAUGGUAUGUUCAGUUUUACGCGUGAAAUAAGUUUUUCGAUUUAUAAGAAAUAA